AUGGAAAAGAAUAGUAUCACUGGGAUCAGAAAACUUCCAAAUAACAGUGCAUUUAAUUUUACAAUUACAAGGUCUAUUAUUGGGUCCGGCAAGAAUUCCAGCCCAGGUCAAACUACAGAAGGUAGGAGUUUACAAUCAGAUAAUGAAUCUAAAAGAAAUAAUAACUACUUACGUCCUAGUAAAAGGUUAUGCAAGCGCACAGAAGUUGAAUAUGACAAUUCAGAAAGAUUCUCCCCUGUAGCUGAACUCGACAUCCCCAAUGGUGUACUUAUCAAGGGCAUGAUUCCGUAUUCUAUGGAGCUUGAUAAAUGUGAAGAAGGCAGCAUGAACCAAUAUUUUGAUUAUGUAACUCCUUCAAGUGAUGCACCUGUCCUUAUGGAAUAUGAAGAUUGUGAUGAAUCGGAACAACUGAUUCCUGUUUGCAAUGGUGUAAAUGGAACUCAAAAACGGGAGCAUAACAGUCAUGCUGCAGGAGAUAGGUUACACACAGAACAAGCAAUUUCAACAGCUAGAUCAAAUAAUAAACCAGAUGUAUUACCAGAUAAUGAAAUACUCGAUUACGAAGUUGAUUCGAAAAUGAUUCGAAAUGUUCGAGUCUAGAAGCAGAUUUUUCGGAUGAAGAAAGCGUCAAAGAAGAAUCCGAUUAUGAAGAUGUGCCGGCAGAAAGACAACAAGAAGAUGCGGAAAUGUUCGAAGAAGAAAUGCUUGAUAGUGAAUUUGAAGAUGACGGCGAUAUAAAUACUCAACAGGAAACAUUUUCUGAUCAAGAAAACGAUGAUUCUAAUGAUUCUAAUUGUUUGGAACAGAUAUUAACAACACCGUGGGCUUUUGACUUUGACGACAGACCAGUAACAGAGUGGACUGCCUGUAACCAUUUCAGGCCUAUCCGAUUGUUUUUAAAGGAUAUAGGGUAUGUUCCAGAUGUCGCUGAAGAUGAUGACGUUUUUGAAGUUAAAAGUUCCGAUCAGUUUCAUCAGAAAGUGACAGAUAAUUUUGUAUUUAAAAGCCCACUACCACCUAAACCAGUGCCACAAAAGCAAAAAGAAAUAAUUGUUACUCCACCUAAACCAGAAGAUGAUACUAUAUCAUUGUAUGCGUCAACAUUAUCUGGAUUCUCUGACGACGAAGAUGGUGAUGCGCCUCCAUCUCAUUUUUCGCGUACUACCUUCUUGGAAAGAGAAAAACGCCCCACUGCAUCACUUCAAAUAAAUUCUGAUCUUUUCGAAAAGCCACGCGACACUCUUAAUUUUGAACCGGCCCGAUAUAAUGUGGUAAAUGAUCCUUACAGUUACGAAAACCGAGAAGAAAACCUUCUAAAACGUUCUCGAAAUUUGGAAUUGCGACAGGAGAACCUGCCAAACAGUUCUCGCAAUUUGGAAUCGCGACAGGAAAACCUGCCAAACAAUUCCCGCAAUUUGAAGUUGCGACAGGAAAAUUUGCCAAACAGUUCUCGCAAUUUGCGGCAGGAAAACCUGCCAAAUAGUUCUCGCAAUAUGGAAAUGCGACAGGAAAACCUGCCAACAAACACUUCUCGCAAUUUGCGACAGGAAAACCUGCCAAAUAGUUCCCGCAAUUUGGAAUUGCGACAGGAAAACCUGCUAAAUGGUGCUCGCAAUUUGGAAUUGCGACAGGAAAAGAUGCCAGAAUCAACAAAAGUGCUUAGCUCGAAUUUUACCUUUAGCGAGGUCCCAAAGGUUUUCUACGGUUUAUGUUUCGACAUUUUCUUCAAUGGUCUCUGUAGAAAAAAAAAUUGUAACAAGUCUCAUCGUUUAUUAUGCAAGUUAUUCAUUACGAAAUGCCAGAAACUCGAACCGGAAAAGGUGGUCGAAGCUUACGAAUUUAGUAAAAAAUACCCCUUGUUGUUUGAAGGUGCUUAUAAAUGUUUUAUAGACCUUUUUGUUGCCUUAAAACUAGAGGAGCAGUUGAUCAAUUGUAUUUUCGAUAUUAUUACAAUGCAGUAUAAACUUGACUUUCCAAAAGCAAUAAGACAUGUCAUCGCAGCUCUCCAAAAUUUUACUAUUACUGCAGAAACUUUCGAUAAGAUCGCACGUGGAGUGGAUUUCAAGCAGUACCCGGUUUUAGUUGAGGCCCUCAUUGAUGCACUUUCGGCACAACCUAAUGUGUCUCAAAGUUGGCGUAUGCUUAGAAAACUGAUCCACAUAAGCAAUUACAUCUCCCCAGAAUCUGCCACUAGAUUAUUGAUGCGUUUUGGGUCGGAAUUACCCCUCGAUCUUAUAAUAUGGCGUAACAUAUACGAGGAAAUUAUUGAAAACAAGUUGACGGAUCUAUCUAAAGUAUCUACUCAAUUGAUAACUAUCAUAAAAAGGUCACUAAACCCAGAAAAAUGCAUAAAGGACAAUAACAUCAAGAUAUCUGUUAACUCUGGAGAUAAUGCGUGUAAUGGAAUCGAAAGUGACAAUUCACGUAAUCUUAUACGUUCUAGAUCAGACGAAAGCGUCAAUGAAAGUUACAUGCCGUAUACCAAGCGCCCAACUAAGCGCUCUAGAUCGAAUGAAAUGAUUGAUACAGAUAAUCAAGUUGAGAUAAUAGAUCGUUAUGCUCCAUCUACAUCUAUUGCCACUUCUCGACCUAAUGCAAUAUAUAAGGCAAAAUCAUCAACUUAUAGCACUGAAUCAAGACAAAAAUCAUUUAUCGAUCAAAUACAAGCGGAAACCAUAUGCGUAUUUCCAAUAAGUCAUAUCGUCGGAGAAUUCCAGUUUAAAAAUCCGCUCUCCUUAACUUCUUCGAAGUCACUGCACGAUUUGCUACCUGCCUCCGUGGCACAGCGCCCGUUGGACCACAUAAAUCUUUAUAAGUGCAUAAAGUUCUUGAAUGCAGAAGAGUUCUUGGAAUAUUUGAAACAGGACGCAAUUCUGUCGACGAUAGAAGUUUUUUUAAUGCAGUGUAUUAUGGAAUUCGAAAGGGACUACUCGAGUUUUUUGAAGAUGAUAGAGCAAAUAAAAAUUGUUCAACCGUCUUAUAAUAAAAACCGUAUUCUCAAAGGAGUUCUAGAAGUGAUUGCUUUCAAUCUGAUCAUACUCUCAGAUAAACGGAAUGAGCACGACACUGCGAAAAAACUAAUAGAAACAUUUUUGGAUUGGGAUAGUAUGUUAACGUCAAAGAUAUUAGUAGAAGACCACGGAUAUAUGAGUCACAUGGGAAAGUAUAUACAAUUAGCGAGUGUUUUAGAGAAGUGCAAUGCUUUUUUCUUGUGUUUCUCGGUCUUAAGUUCACUGGGAUUGAAGUUGAUGCAAUCUCCGAAAAAAUGGCCCGUUAAAAAUGAUCCGGAAAUAGACCUGCUAAAUCGAAACGCUCUGCUUAACAAAUUUCUAAAUCGUGCAAUGAAGUAUGCGAAACCAGAGCUAUGCGGAUUGUACAAACAUAUGUUUUCGACGGAUGUAUAUAGAUUUGAUGCCCCUAGCUCUUUCAAUUCUAUGCUGAAUAAUAUAUUUAAACAAAAAGACUGGUCGUUUCUUGGUCAUUUCUCCCUCAGUAUAGAAGUAUUUUACGAAAAGAUGGACCUUGACAAACUGCGGGCUUUUAUCGUUAUCAUGGCACAGCGAUCGACAUCGAUUUCCCAAAGGUUGAAAUACUUCGAUUGCGGGUGUAAGAGGGAUAUUUAUCCAAGGAUAACCGGUCAAGAAUCUGUGAUCAAAAUCGAAGUAAAUAUGCCCGAGUCUGAGAUUCAGCUGUUCCUGGAACAAUAUUUCUACAAUAUGCGAUUGUCGAGGAGUAAAUUCUCUACGGGACUCACGAUAGAUAUUAGUUUACCACUUGUUUCUAAAGGAGAAUUGAGUUAUCUCGAUCUGAUAGGCAGUACUACUUGGAGUUUUCCCGAUACCAAUUUCACCGUCAGGAACUUGUUAAUAGACUAUUUUAGAUUCGAAGAAACGCAAUUGACUAGUCCUAAUAAUAACACGAUCAGAAUAUCUUCUCAAUCUUUGAUGUCAUGGGCCGGGGGACAUUGA